UGUAUCACCUGCAGCCAGCAGGACUUUCAGUGCAAAUGGGCGGUGUUUUACAGUGGACAAGGAAGACCUGAACGCUCCCAAUUCAAGCUGUAUUUCAAGUUUUGUCGCUGCGGUGCCGACCCAAGCACCAUGGCAGUAAUGUCUGACUGUACAUUUAUGUCGGUGCGGCUGUUUGUGGAGUGGUGAGCCUGUUGGUGUUGAUCCGGCCUGCCGUCCUGAGCGCUGUCUGUAGCGUGUAGAUGCCGUGACUGAGAUGAGUGUGAAGGCGUUUGAGCUUGUCCCCGCUGUGGAGAGAGAUCUCCUCAUGGGGGACAAGGCUCGCAUCAACAUUGAGUGCAUCGAAUGCUGUGGAAAGCACUUGUACAUGGGCACCAACGACUGCUUCAUCCACCACUUCCUGCUGGACGAGGUCACUUCCUCCAAAGGGAAACUGACCUACUCGGCGCAGAAGCUGCUGCACAAAUAUCUAGGCCUCAAGAAACCCGUUGCUGAGCUGCGUGCCGCCUCCGCCUUGGAGCGUCUGAUUGUGCUCUGCGAUGGGAUUGUGUUCCUAGUCGACAUGGUGACACUGGAGACCGUGCCGUCGGCAGCAGGAGGCGGAGCCAAGAUCAGAGGAGUGACAGCGUUCUGCGUUAACGAGAACCCGGUGAACGGGGAUCCAUUCUGUGUGGAAAUGGGUGUGAUCUCCUCCAAGAAACGGACGGUGCAGAUUUACAUGGUGUAUGAGGACAGAGUGCAGCUGGUCAAAGAGGUGACUACCCCUGAGCAGCCCUGUGCUGUCAGUGUGGACGGUCACUUCCUGUGCCUGGCCCUCGCUACACAGUACAUGAUUCUGAACUACAACACAGGAGCCUCCCAAGACCUCUUCCCUUACAACAGCGAGGACAGGAGACCCAUUGUGAAGAGGAUCGGAAGGGAGGAGUUCCUCUUAGCAGCACCAGGUGGUCUGGGGAUGUUUGCCAAUGCAGAAGGAGUAUCUCAGCGAGCUCCAGUCAACUGGUCGGAGAGCGUGAUUGGUGCUGCCGUGAGUUUUCCGUACGUGGUGGCUUUGGAUGAAAGCUUCAUCACAAUCCACAGCAUGCUGGACCAACAACUAAAACAAACCCUUUCCUUCAGGGAUGGACACAUUCUGCAGGACUUUGAAGGAAAGGUCAUUCUGGCAUCCACUAAGGCCGUGUACGUGCUGGUCCCGCUGCCUCUUGAGAGACAGAUCCAGGACCUACUGGCCAGUCACAGAGUGGAGGAGGCGCUCAUCCUCACAGAAGGAGCACAGCAAAAUAUCCCCAAAGACAAGUUCCAGAUUUUGCACAAAAGGAUCCUCCAGCAGGCAGGGUUCAUACAGUUUGGCCAGCUUCAGUUUCUGGAAGCAAAGGAACACUUCAGGAAGGGUCAGCUGGACGUUCGGGAGCUGAUCUCUCUCUACCCUCUCCUGCUGCCAGCUUCCUCUUCCUUCACACGCUGCCACCCUCCUCUUCACGAGUUUGCAGACCUGAACCACCUGGCGCAGGGCGACCAGGAGAAAGUGCUGCGAUGCAAGAAAUUCCUCAUCAGUUAUUUGGGAGAGGUACGAAGCACAGAGGUGGCCAAUGGCUGCAGAGAGGACGUGGACACGGCUCUGCUGAAGCUGUACGCUGAACAGGACCACGACAGCCUCCUUGACCUGCUAGCUUCAGACAACGCCUGCCUGCUAGCAGACAGCGUCCCGUGGCUGGAGAAAUAUCACAAAUAUUUUGCACUUGGGCUUCUCUAUCAUUAUAAUAGUCAGGAUUCUGCAGCACUUCAGCUGUGGAUCCGCGUUGUAGACGGGGAUCUGCAGGACUCCACCAGGUCCGGCCUCUAUGAGUACAUCGUGGACUUCCUCUGCUCCUGCUCCAACCCGGACCUCGUGUGGAAGUAUGCAGACUGGGCCUUGGCUAAAGAUCCCACGAUAGGUGUCCACAUCUUCACUAAGAGGCCUGUCAGUAAGGAUGUGACGGAGCUGAACCCUGAGGAUGCCAUCAGAUAUCUGGGGAAGCACAGCCAGGCGCUGCUUCUCUUCCUGGAACACCUGGUGCUGGAGAGAAAGAUAAAGAAAGAGAAGUUCCACACUCACCUGGCCGUGUUGUACCUGGAGAGCGUUCUGUCUCUGCUGUCGGAGGCGCCAGCAGAGGAAGAGCGCCUCACCAGAGCGAGAGAGCGGCUCCAGGCUCUGCUCAGGGAGUCCAACCUUUACCGGGCACAGUUCCUUCUAGGUAAGAUGGAGAACUGUGAACAGCUGCUGCUGGAGCGUGCAACACUACAUGGUAAGCUGGAGGAGAAUGACAAAGCUCUGCACAUAUUGGUGCACAAGCUCAAAGACUUCUCGUCCGCUGAGGCCUUCUGCGUCUGGGCCUCUUCUUGUCGGGAUUCUGCAUACCAACAGCAGCUGUUUCACCUGCUCCUGGAGGUGUAUCUAGACCGGAACCUUCCUGGAAAGUCCCAGGCGGCAGCAGCAGCAGCAGGGGGUGGAGAGCUGGAGAUGGCGGCAGUGGAUCUCCUGAAUCGUCAUGGCGAGGUGUUCGAUGCAGUCCGUGUGCUGCGCAUGCUCCCUGAGGGCUGGUCCCUGCAGCUGCUGCGGCCCUUCCUGGGCCGAGCCGUCAGGUCCAGCAUGCACGCCGGCCGCACCGCGCAGAUCGCCGUGGGGCUCGCCCAGUCCGAAAACCUCCAACUGCUCCACGACAGGUUGAAAGACCGGAAGAAACCGAUCUUUGUGUCUGAGAAGAAAGGAUGCCACCUGUGCCACAACACCUUCAGCGAGCCCGACGUGGUGUGUCUGCCAGGUGGAGCGCCUGUCCACACACACUGUGUCGCCCAGAGAGUAAGAGAUUCUCCCACUAAGAGACAGUUAACUAAUAGCAGUAACCACACGUGAGACUUGACCCUGUAAGCUACCAUGUGACUGUGAUCGGAGGCACUAAAGCAGGACGUGCUGAGGACUGUGGGGGAUAACAAAAGCACAGAACAUGAUGAGAAACACAAACAAAGCUGUGUGUGAGAGUGCAAGGGAGAAACCGAUGAUUUCUUCUAUUUAUUCCCGUGCUGCAAUUGUACCACACUUUCUGAAGUUAGAAACAACAGCACCCAAUAAUCCACUUAUUAAAGAGGGGCCUCCGUGCUUAUCCGUGGACUUCAGGGCGGUCCCGGUGAACUACAGAACACACAAUAUUUGAAACCUGUUACAAAUAUUUCUGAAGCAUGCAUAUUAUUACCACUCUUACAGUUGUGGUCUAAUCCCCUCAUAUGGGUAUUGUGUUAAUAUUGUCCUAACUUGCACAUUGCAUCGUUAGGUUUUAAUGUCAAAUACUACAACCUUUAGUGCUGAUGCAAACAGUCUCUGGCCGUCUUUUACUCUCUGUGAUCUGGUCUCCCUGCUGCUUCAUUUCCCCCUGGAUGUUGGACUCACAGUGUUUCAGUUCAACAGUUUGAUCCGGGGACUUUUGGUUUUCAACCUUUUGUCGUGUGUGGAGCAACAACAGUGAAAUCUACACUACGUGAAAUCAUCAGUCAAACUGCUUCAAGGACCCUCAGAACAGACCGCUUAUGCCAACCAAAACAUCUUUACCAAUAAUAUGUCAGUAGGUAGGAAAAAUAUCAUCUAAUCAUGUGAAAUCAAGCUUCAUACAUUUUGUCUAUUUUGAAGUUACAAAUGAAAUAAAUCAAGAGGGAUAUUAACCACUCGCCUGCUUUCAUACCGUAGAUAUAUUGUGUUUGAUUGGCUCAUAUACUAAGUGAUAAAGAUAGUUCAUUUUAAAUCCUGUCAACCACAAAACAAAUGUCAACCAGAGGCGAAAUGUAAUAAUAAUUAGAAAGUCCAAUUCAAGAUAUCUGUUAUUCUGACUUCUCUUCAGGAAAGGGCUGGGAGGUCAUUUGUUCCAAACAUUUACAUUUGUAUAAUGUGAGAUCGUUGUAAUGAAUCUACUUUAUUACUACCUGUGGGCUAAUAAGAUAUGUUAACUGCUUACAUAUUGUGAUGUAAGAGAUGUACAGUUUUUAUUUAGCCCGUAAACAAGUAUUUGAACCCAAGAAGGCAGUUAUGUGUUUAAAUCAAAUGAGUUACAGGUGGAACCUAAUGGAAAUGACUUAAUGGUAUUCUUUAUCAUUACUCAAUAUGCCCUGAAUGUGCUUUUUAUAAGAGUGAAACAAAACACGAGAAAUAUAUUUAGCUGUUUGGAACAAAUGCUCCAAACCUGAUCCAUAUUUUAUUAUUCUACUUCAGAUCACAAUCUAUUACCACAACCCCUGUUGGUCCAAUCAGUGAUUACAAGUAUCGUGUAUAGCAGGUGAUAUGGAUAAGGAUGCAUUUCUACCACAAUCCUAACAAAGGGCGAGGAUGACUAAAUGAAACUGCUGUCUCAUAAUACAUUAUUUUGCAAUGCAAAAUGGAUUCACUUACUUAUGUUUGAAAACUAAGAAAACACAAAACAUGGCUUUGAUGCAACGACAACAUCUUGCUACAUCUCUACUCAUUUGCAAAGGGUUUAUAUUAAAUGAUCUCAGGCUGCAUGGAAUUGCUUAUAACGAGAGGUUUACAACCCUGGCAAAAACACAGUUAUUAAAAUAGCAAUAUUGACAGUCGUAUGUGAAAAGGAAUCCUUACUCACUACACACUUUAUACAAGGGUUUCAUUCAAAUUUGUUCUGAAAAAGAGAAUAUUGGUACUUCCAGAAACAAGUCUCCAUGAACCCCGAUUGUUAUACAUUGCUUAAACAAGUUUUCAAUAGAAGCAAAGGCCAGAAGAACACAAGCACGUCUUUUAUAUUUGAAUUAAUUUACAGGUAUUUCUUGUUUCACUGCUGCCUGUGCUAUUGAUUCUAGCCUCUUGUAAUUGCAACACAUUUCUUUGAGGGAACUUUGUGCACUCAUGGGACUAUUUUUCUAACAUGGAGAUCUAAGUAUUGUAAUUCUUUUUUGGCUUGACUCACUUUCUUUGACAGCAACUCACAGCUUAUGCACAGCAUCCUUCUAUCCGGACAAUGCCAGUGUAGCUUGCUCAAAAAGCAUCCUAACCAUGACAUCAAAUAAUUAAAAGAAAAAACUGUUGUGUGAAAAAAUACUAUUGUAUUUUAUAAAUAUAUGUAUACUUGUAUGUAUAUACUGCAUUUGUACUUGUUGCUUUCUAAAUCAAUGCCGAGUGUGGAUGGAGUGUACAAACUGUAAAUCCGUCCCAUUUUAAUAAACAUGAAACUGUACAUCAA